UAUUAAUUUAAUCCAAAUGGCAUAGAAUGUAUGCAUAUUUUCUCAUUAUUUCAUAGUUCGAAUUAGCAGCUGAAGAAGUUAAAUCAUUCGUUGAUAAAUUGAAUGAUCAAACAAAAUUGUAGAUUUAUGGAUUAUACAAAUAAGCAACAGUGGGAGAUGUUAAUAUAGGUAUUCUGUAAAAUGAUAAAUAUUAAGGUAAGCCAGGAAUUCUUGAUCAAAAAGGCAGAGCAAAAUGGGAUGCAUGGAAUGCCAAUAAGGGAAAGUCUACAGAAUAAGCAAAAACUGAAUAUGUUUAAGUUGUGAAAGCUAAUGCCCCAGCUGAUAUUGCAAAAAACUUAUGAGUUUAUGAAAUGAUCAUAUCAUAUUAAAUGUUACAUUAAUUUAUCAUUAUCAUGAAA